AGUAGGGUUGUCACCUUUUCAACUCCUUCCUGAUCUUACUACAUUUUCAGCACUUACUUUUCGCUGUAAAUGUUUUGUUAGAAAGUUAUCAGUUUAUUUUUUCUUUGGUUAAUACUUUAGCUGUAAAGCAAGCGGUACUAUGCUAAACUUCUGUGCAUCUCCGGUUUGGUUUUACGCAUGCUUGUUUUGGUAGGAGAGGAUAUUAAAUAUGGAGAAAAAUGAAGAGACAGGUAGCCCUGGUUGGAGUGCUUCAUUCUUCAUGCAGACAACUGAAGAUGUUGCUCGAGCUGUUGCUGCAGCUGCAACUACUGUUCGUUCUUCACGGCCAUCAGUUGUUUUUUCAUCGAAGGAUGACAGUGGUAGUCAACUUCAGAAACUUCAGAGCCAAUUUUCUAGAGUGCUGAAAGGCUUCUCAAGUCCUCCUGAAGUGAAAAGUGGAACUUACAAUCCAGAAAUCCUAACUAGCCAAAAACGUCAAUGGACAAGCUUUCAGUUGCAGUCCUUGGUUGCCGAUAAUUCCACUCUGUAUGGUUGCUGUGUUUUAGUUGAAGAAAUAGUGCAAAAGCCCUCUGGAUUGAUAUCCAUGGUUUCAGAUGGCCAAUCUUUUCGCUCAACUUCAAGCCACCAUAUUUUAACCACACGCCGGUGUUAUUGCAUUCUUUCGAGGCUUCCAUUUUUUGAGCUGCAUUUUGGUGUAUUGAAUAGCAUCUUCACUGAAGAGAGGUUGGAACGGUUGACAAAGAAUAUUGGUGAACUAGAUUUGGAAUUACCUGAGGGGAAUUGCACGGAAGAAGCUUCAGAAGGAAAAUCUGAUAGUGCUUCACUGGAGCAUAGAGCAGAUGACAUGCCAAAUGGAUCUGUAGAACCCUCCCAAUCAAGCACGAGUGUCUGUAUCACUGGAAGAGUCGCAGAUGAUGAGUGUCAUCAGGAGCAGCAAAGUAUUGAGGAGGAUAGUCACUUGUCAAAGGAAAGCAUGAGUGUUAAUGUUGUCGUUCCCAUUGAUCUUGACACACAGAAGCUUGCAGCUAAAAAAGAAUCAGAAGCUAGAACACAGUUUUCUGAAGGUUGUGAAACUUAUAUUGAUGAUAUCGUAGCCAACAAGCAACCAGCAGAAAUGCGAUGGCCACUUCUACGAUCUCAACAGUACGACAGCUCUGAAUCUUCCUCAAGUUUGCGGGGCUCUCCUACUGAAGAUAGAAAUUUCAGGAGGGAUAUUGAUGAGGUUGAGAUGGAAGAGGCAUCCUUUUCUGGCCAAGAGUGCUCUAACGAACACAGUGAUAUUCUUGAAUGGGCUAAGGCCAAUAACCAUGGAUCCUUACAAAUAAUAUGUGGGUAUUACCAGUUACGGUGCCCAGCUAGGGGUUCAACAAUUAAGUUCCACCCUUUGGAGCACCUGCAUUCGUUGGAAUUUCAUAGACCUGAUGAAACAGUUCUCCAUGUUGCUGGUUCAGCGAAUGAUUUGAAGUCAUGUAGUUCAAGUUUGGAGUAUGCAGAGGCACACUGUGCACUCAUGGCAGAGGAGGAGGCAACUGCUUUAUCUGUUUGGGCAGUUGCAUGUUUAUGUGGAUCCUUGCGACUUGAGCAUGUGUUAACACUGUUCGCUGGGGCUUUGCUGGAGAAGCAAAUUGUUGUUGUUUGUUCUAAUUUGGGAGUAUUGUCUGCUUCAGUUUUAUCAAUUAUUCCCCUGAUUCGCCCUUAUCAGUGGCAGAGCUUGUUGAUGCCGGUUUUGCCAAAUGACAUGGUGGACUUUUUGGAUGCACCUGUUCCAUACAUAGUUGGUGUGAAGAACAAAACCCCUGAGGUGCAAUCGAAGUUAGCGAAUGUCAUCCUUGUUGAUGCCAACAAGAAUCAGGUGAAGUCACCAACAAUACCACAACUACCAAAACAGAAGGAGUUGUAUUAUUCCUUAGGCCCUUAUCAUGCAAAGCUUGUGGGAGAAAGUUAUUUGGGGAGAAAAAGACCAGUUUAUGAUUGUACGGACGUGCAGGUGGAAGCUGCCAAGGGUUUCCUGGCAGUGUUACGAUCUUACGUGGAUUCUCUUUGCUCUAACCUACGUUCUCACACAAUUACGAAUGUUCAAUCCAACGAUGAUAAGGUAUCAUUGCUUCUGAAGGAGAGUUUUAUUGAGUCCUUUCCUAGUCGCGAUCGAUCUUUUAUGAAGCUUUUCGUGGACACACAGCUCUUCUCUGUACACACAGAUCUUGUACUCUCUUUCUUCCAGAAGGAAUAGUGCUGAGAAUCCGAAGUUGACCUGGCAAUUUCUUGUUCAAUUGUCACUUGAAAAAAGCAAGUUCUGUAACUUACAGAUUAUUUUUUCUGCUUAAUUUAAUAUAAGUUUUGAUUUCUCGCGUUACAAGUAUUACACUCCUUUUUUUCUUGUUCCCACCAUCCCUUUUACUGUAAGCAUAUAAUAAAAUCAGUUGCACCUGUUAUAUGAUGCUAUUGGAUGCAUACUUUGAUUUGUUGGCAUAUACGGA